UUAAAUGCCGCUUGACGCCAAUAGCGCGCGAAAUAAUCGAUAUUCCUCCGCUUUUUCUACUUUACCUUGAUUUGUUCCUUUUCCAUUGUGACGAUUCUGAUGGGAAGUUUCACUUGUUUUGCAUAAUUAUUUGCCUUGAAAUAGACUAGAAUUAUUCUGAGUGACUCUUAAUAUAUAAUCAAACUCCUCAUUGGUGCUGCUGGUCUCCAGGUGCGCAAUAAUGACAGACACGACCGUUCAAAUAACCAGGUUUGACGAUAUGAGGAACACCGUGUCCACCGUCUCCUCAUCGUCCCGUAAAGGAUCCACCGUGAGCUUCCACAAGAUCAACUACAGUGUGAAGAUGAAGAGUGGAUUCCUCUGCAAGAGGAAGGUCACGCGGAAAGAUAUUCUCAUCGACGUCAACGGCCUCAUGAAACCAGGACUGAACGCAAUAUUAGGAGCGACCGGCAGUGGAAAAUCCUCUUUCCUGGACGUUCUGGCGGCCCGCAAGGAUCCCGCGGGUCUUACCGGGGAAGUUCUGAUAGAUGGAGCGCCACAACCCCCAAACUUCAAAUGUCUGUCUGGAUAUGUAGUACAGGAUGAUGUUGUCAUGGGGACGCUGACCGUUCGAGAGAAUCUGCGUUUCUCAGCUGCGCUGCGACUCCCAAAAUCAAUCAAACAACGCGAAAAAGACGAGAAAGUGGAGAGACUCAUUCAAGAACUCGGCCUGAGCAAAGUGGCAAAUUCACGGGUGGGCACGCAGCUGAUUCGUGGGAUUUCGGGUGGAGAGAGGAAAAGGACGAAUAUCGGUAUGGAGCUGAUCAUCGAUCCGUCGGUUCUGUUCCUCGAUGAACCCACCACAGGACUGGACGCCAGCACGGCCAACUCGGUGCUCAUGCUGCUGAAACGGAUGGCAAAUAACGGCCGCACCAUCAUUCUGUCCAUCCACCAGCCGCGGUACUCCAUCUACCGUCUGUUCGACAGUCUCACGCUGCUGGUGGCGGGCAGACAGGUGUAUCACGGACCCGCUCAGAACGCCCUCAAAUACUUCAGUGAGAUCGGAUACACCUGUGAACCCCAUAAUAAUCCUGCUGAUUUCUUCCUGGAUGUGAUUAACGGAGACUCUACAGCCGUCACUCUCAACAGAUUAAACCACUACGAAGAAGUGGACCAGGAGCAGCAUGCUCCGACUCUAAAGGGAAUCGAGGAUCAUUUAGUGGAGGAAUACAAGAAAAGCCCCGACUACAAACAGACCCAGAACGAGCUGGAGAGAAUCAUUCAGGGUCAAGACUACAGCACACGGCCCAAAUCCAGAACCAUCACGUACAGCACGUCCUUCUUCCAUCAGUUCAACUGGGUUCUGAAGAGAACCUUCCAGAACCUGAUGCUCAACCCACAGACCUCGUUUGCUCAGAUCGGGGUGAUGGUUUUUCUGGCUCUGAUUGUUGGAGCGAUAUUUUUUGGAGUGGAACCAAAUUCAAGCGGCAUUCAGAACAGGAUGGGCGCGCUGUUCUUCAUCACCACUAAUCAGUGCUUCAGUUCCGUUUCUUCAGCCGAACUUUUCAUCACGGAGAGGAAACUGUUCGUGCAUGAAUACAUCAGUGGAUAUUACAGAGUUUCUGUUUACUUCCUGACUAAAAUCCUGUCGGACAUUCUGACCCUGCGUACGAUCCCCGGCAUCAUCUUCAGCUGCGUGGCGUACUGGAUGAUAGGUCUGAAAGCCACGGCGGAAGCGUUCUUCAUCUUUCUGUUCUCCAUUAUUUUGGUGUCGUACACGGCGACGGCCAUGACUCUGGCCAUCUCCGCUGAUCAGACCGUGGUGGCCAUCGCCAACAUCUUCAUGACCAUCAGCUUCGUCUUUAUGAUGAUCUUCUCUGGGCUGCUGGUGAAUCUGCCGAGUGUUGCGGGAUGGUUAAACUGGUUGAAGUAUUUCAGUAUUCCUCGCUACGGUCUCGCCGCUCUGCAGAUCAACGAGUUUACUGGACUGACCUUCUGUGACAGCAGGAACACAAGCAGCUCUGUGGUUCAGCUAAUGGUGUGUUUUGUCUCUAGUAUUUGUUCUACAGGCGAUGACUUCCUGCAGGAUCAGGGCAUUGAUCACUCAACGUGGGGUUUGUGGCAGAAUCAUUUGGCUCUGGGAAUCAUGACCUUCAUAUUCCUGGCUAUUGCUUAUCUGAAACUUCGCUUCAUCAAGAAAUUCACAUAAUCGCCGGAUGAAACUCUUCCACACACACACCCCCACACACACACACACACACACACACACACUCUGUAUUUUCAGUUUAUUGUGGUUUAAGAAUUUGAGAAAGUUGUACAAUAGAAAGUUUCAACUAAAAAUGGCAUAACUGCACUCGUAUGUAGCUACAACACGUGAUUGUGAAUUCAGCUUCUCACUGAAUCAUCCCGUCGAGACUAAAGCAAGUGCAAUUAUUCCAGAAAUACAAUCAGAGCACAGGCUUGUAGCAAGACAGUUUAUUGGUUUAUUUACACUCAUCACUGUUAAAUAUAUUCAGUCCAUGCACACAGUAAAUAAAAGAGUUGCCAAUAUGGAGUCACUCCAGUUUUGUUUCCUGUAAAGUUUCCUAUUUUAACUACUUUUUAUGUCUCUUUUGCAAUUUUAUACGAGGCCAAAAUCUAAUAAAAACAAAUGUUUGCUUUCUCUGUUUCAGUCCUUUUUGGCACAAUGUUCCCAUGAUUAAACACAUUUGAAUGGUUUUAAAUUCUGUUCCUCUCAUCUGAAGAUCCGCACACAUCUUUGACCAUCCCGACUCGCGGUGAAUCCUGGG